AUGAGCUCCGUCCCCUCGAUUUCAGCCACGACGGAGACCCAUGUAGACAAGAUCAAGCAUCUGGCCAAGGAUCCAUUCGCGCCAUCCGUCACCGUCCAUCCUACGACAUCUCCACGUGACACCUCGCGCGAUGUGACCCUCCCAGACCUUCCAGAGCUCUUUGAUCCCGAUUUUCUCAAUAAGCUCCUUCCGAAGAUAGACACUUCCAUUUCCUCUCCCAAGGCUCCCGAGUCGAAGAAAUCUGCCUUUAUGGAUGCUCUCGACAAGGAGGAGAACAAGCAGUUCACUCAGAAUCUGGCUCAUGGGUUCAAAUCCACCGGAUCGGCGACGGUUGAUGCCUUCAACGGCUUGAACCCACAGACCGCGCAUGCAGACUAUGACAGAUUGCUUGCAAGGAGCUGGAGUGCGGAUCCUUUGGCGACUCUGAAGAUCAUCUGGAAUCUUCGCUCGAUCCACGAGGGCAAAAGCGAACGAGAAGGGUUCUACCGUGCCUGGGGUUGGCUAUACCGCAAUCACCCUCGAACGGCAAUCCUGAACCUCUCGGCGCUGACGGAGCCCCUCAUCGAGAAGAAGCUCAAGAAGAAGGCAAACAAGGAGGAUGGUGACGACGAUGAUGACCUGGUACUCGUUGGAGAUGAGCCGAAGGAGAGGGUGGUACGGGGAAUGAGCCAUGGCUAUUGGAAGGAUCCUCUCAACUUGCUCAUUCUGGCUGCGAGUGGCGAGCUAAACUCAUGCACCCAGACCUUCUCCUCUCUUCACGCACCCAAAACGGAAAAGACUAUGAUCAGUCAGCCUCAACGUGCUGGUCGUCGAGUACCCUACAACGGCGUGCGCCGCUCCAAGUCUACCAAUUCCGCAGGCGGGCACCGCGGCCACAAAGUCGUCAACAAGAAUGCACCCAAGCCAACGACGAGUGGCGAGGAACGUAUUGCUCAAGCGCUGCAACGUGACGCCGAGAACUCGGCCAAAGCAAAGGAGGAACGUGCUAAGCGAGAUGAAAAGGCUAGGAAAGGCAUAGAAGAGCUCAUAAAUACGUCACAGCCUUUCAAAGCAUUGUUCGUUUGUGUCGCACGCAUGUUCGCUGAUGCCCUCGAGCGUGAUGUCCGAAUCCUCGAACAGAUUGCCGAUCCUGCAACUGCUGACGAUGAGCGGAUCAACCUGUCCUUCCAGUUGUCCCUCGCAGCAAAGUUUGCUCCAUCUCUUGGAGGUACACACGACCGCAAGUCAAACAUCUCUUCGGCCAUUGCGGCACUUCUCGGAGAGCGCAAUGCUCUCCACGUACAGUAUGCCCCACCGAGCCCUAGGCAUGCAAUCCCUGUGGAGCAAAUGCAUAACCUCCGCAUGGCAUAUACCCGUUGGGUGAUCUCGCCCCUCCGGAGAUUCAUGCAAAUACCAGAGCUCUACAUGUCGACAAAUCGCUGGAACCAGCUCCCAUAUCAGCGGGUCGGGUCGACCUGCAUGCAAAAGAACAAGAAGCUGUUCAUAAAGCAUGAUAAGGCUCGGUUCUCCAAAUACUUGCGAGAUGUCGCCUCGGGCAAGCGGACGAUUAGCGGCGCGACACUGCUCCCUCAUACACUUCUCAUGGAAGCCCUGGACGCCUCCGAUGAUGGCUCCGGCAAUCCCGAAGAGAUGGCAGUGGUCGAAGCCCAAUGGAAGACUUUGGUCGAAAAGCUACGCGAGGCUGGAACGCUGGAAGAUUGCCUCGCCAUCUGCGACGUCUCCGGCAGCAUGGGAUCACUUGGCUCACACCGAGGCUGGAAAGGCCCAAUUGACCCCAUCUAUCCCGCUAUUGCUCUCAGUCUUGUCCUGUCCCAGGUUUCCCGAGAACCAUGGAAGGACCGCUUCAUCACGUUCAGUGAAAGCCCGGAGAUCGUCAAACUAAAUCCAGCGGACGGAUUUAUAGAGAGUGUGAGGCGCAUGGGUUCGGCCAACUGGGGCAUGAACACAGAUUUUAACGCCGUAUUCCUCAAGCUCAUUCUCCCUCUCGCGAUCAGCAACAAGCUACCCAAGGAUGAAAUGAUCAAGCGCCUCUUUGUGUUCUCUGAUAUGGAGUUCGAUGAGAGCACAACCUUUGUUGGAGACUUGAAGGAAACGUGGACGACCGAGCACGAAAAGGUCGCUAAAGCAUUCGCGGAGGCGGGUUACGAGGUUCCAGAGAUUGUCUACUGGAAUCUCAACGGCGCAGAGGGCUCGAAGCCCGUUCAAGCAGAUUGGGAAGGCGUCGUCUGUCUGAGCGGCUUCUCACCUAACAUGCUCAAGACCUUCAUGGAGGACGGAGGGGUUGAAGCACUUCAAGAGGAGAUGGAAAAAAUGGAGGUCGUCGAGGUUGAGCAGGCUGACGGUGAGACGGUGAUCACUACCAAGCCGGAGAAGCAGAAGAUGACUCCCGAAAUAUUCCUUCAAAAGGCGCUGGGCAAGCCAAGCUACGCCACGCUCGUGGUGGAGGAUUAG